AUGACUUAUUGGGCUGGACCAUCUUACAGGGCAACCUUCACCGGACAACUUGUCUAUGUAAUCUAUGUCUACGCUAUGGAAUUUUUGUUAACCAAUGAAAUGCCAGGUAACAGAGGAAACAGGAGUGAUUCAAGGUUUGGUGUCGAGAGAAGUGCUUCCACCAUCUCCGAUCCGAAGCAAAGCUUAUGGAAACCGACUUUGCCUUCUUCCUUCGCGUCGCGCCGUUCGAUCCUUCGAGAUGUCAAGGAAAAUGGCAAGAGCGGCGGUGAUCAUCCCGAUUAUGCCGUUGAACUGAACGCCACGAAUUUCGAUGCUGUUCUCAAGGAUACCCCUGCCACUUUCGCCAUUGUUGAAUUCUUUGCCAAAUGUCUAGUUAAGGCAAUUGAUGCUAUGAGUAGUGUAGGGUUAAAAAAGGCGCCAUACAGUGUGCCUCACUACGAAAAGGUUGCCAGAUUAUUUAAUGGACCUGAUGCAGUGCAUCCAGGGAUCAUAUUAAUGACAAGGAUAGAUUGUGCAUCAAAGAUAAAUACUAAGCUAUGUGAUAAGUUUUCUGUUGGUCAUUAUCCGAUGCUCUUUUGGGGAUCUCCUCCUAAAUUUGUUGGUGGUGGUUGGGAGCCUAAACAAGAGAAAAAUGAUAUCCUUGUGAUUGAUGAUGCACGCACAGCUGACCGGUUACUUAAUUGGAUCAACAAGAAAUUAGGCAGUUCAUUUGGCCUGGAUGAUCAGAAAUUUCAAAAUGAGCUUCUUUCAUCCAAUUUCUCAGACGCUGGACAGAUUGCCAGAGCUAUCUAUGAUGUAGAAGAGGCGACUUCUACAGCUUUUGACAUCAUCUUAGAGCACAAGAUGAUAAAACGAGAAACUCGUGCUUCACUCAUUAAGUUUCUUCAGCUUUUGGCAGCUCACCAUCCUUCUAGGAGAUGCCGGAAGGGUACUGCUGAUUUUCUUGUGAGCUUUGAUGACCUCUACCCAACAGAUUUUUGGUCAACUAAGCAGGAAGAUGAUAAGAGUUCACUUAGGAACCUAAAGUUUUGUGGAAAAGAUGUGCCUCGUGGAUACUGGAUGUUCUGCCGCGGCAGUAAGAAUGAUACUAGAGGCUUCAGUUGUGGUUUAUGGGUUCUUCUGCAUUCACUCUCUGUGAGGAUCGAGGAUGGAGAGAGUCAGUUUACAUUCAACGCAAUUUGUGAUUUUGUUCACAACUUCUUCAUAUGUGAGGAAUGUCGACAACAUUUUUACAAGAUGUGUUCAAGUGUUUCUAGUCCUUUCAACACUGCCCGCGAUUUCGCUCUCUGGUUGUGGAGUUCCCACAACAAGGUGAACGAAAGGUUGAAGAAAGAAGAAGCAUCUCUAGGUACCGCCGACCCCAAUUUCCCAAAGACAAUUUGGCCACCAAAGCAGCUUUGCGGUUCCUGUUACUUGGGCCUUGAUCAAAAGAGCAACAAAAUUGAAUGGAACCAAGAUGAGGUCUUUAAGUUUUUGACUGAUUACUACGGUAAAACACUAGCGUCUCUGGACAAGAACAGGAAUAUUGUUGGAAAUGAUGGAGCCGAAGGAGCUGUCGAAGAUUUAAUAGUUGCAACUAAUGCAAUUGUAGUGCCUGUGGGAGCUGCAUUGGCUAUUGCUGUUGCUAGCUGUGCUUUUGGAGCACUUGCUUGCUACUGGCGUUCGCAGCAAAAGAGUCGGAAGCCUAGGAGAACGUGGAAGUAG